AUGUCGAACAUAGCCAUGACACGGGUCACGCGCGAGUGCAAGGAAGUGGCUCAAGCAUCGGACAUCACCGAAGCCGGUAUUCAUGUGGAAAUGACCGAUAACAACAUUACGGACAUUAAGGGUCUCAUCAAAGGCCCUGACGACACUCCGUAUGCGGAUGGAAUGUUCGAGGUGCAUAUGUCGAUUCCGGACCAGUAUCCGUUUGAGCCACCAAAGGUGAAAUUCGUCACACGCGUCUGGCACCCAAACGUUAGCUCUCAAACUGGCGCAAUUUGUCUAGAUAUUCUCAAAGACAAAUGGGCUGCUAGUCUUACUCUGCGAACUGUGCUUCUCUCGAUUCAAGCGAUGAUGUGUGCUCCGGAGCCAUCGGAUCCGCAAGACGCUGUCGUGGCCAAGCAAUACAUCAGCAACUACCCAAUGUUUAAGGCUACUGCUACCUACUGGACAUCGGUCUUCGCGGACUCAAAGAGAGAGGUCGACAAGGACUUUCAGAAAAAGGUCAACCGUCUCGUUGAGAUGGGUAUUCGAGAGGGCGAAGCCAUCGGUGUUCUCAGCUGCAACAACUGGAAACUCGAAAAAGCCGUCCAGUACGCCUUCGGAUAA